AUGGUGGUACUUUUAGCGGGCGAUUUGAGACAGACUUUUCCGGUUAUCACUAAAGGCACCCCUGCAGAUGAAAUAAAUGCGUGUUUAAAAGCGUCAACGUUAUUGGUGCACGUAAAAACGUUUAGUCUGUCUACAAAUAUCAAAGUGCAACUACACAAUGAUGUACAAUCUGGACAAUAUGCUGCUGCUCUUCUUAAAAUUGGAGAAGAUUGUAUGGCAAAGGAUGGUAAUGGCAUGAUUAGAUUGGAUCGUGAAUUCUGCAAUGUUUUGCAUAAUCCAGAUGAUGUAAAUAACUUCGUCUAUAGCGAACUGCUAACUAAUAUGAGGAAUAGAGAAUGGUUAUGUGAAAGAGCAAUUUUAGCGCCGACGAAUGAAAUGGUGGGACAGAUAAACGAGCAAAUUAUGUCACGGUCAGGUGAUAUUGUUGAGUUUUUCUCUGUAGACACUGCAAUGGAUACUGAACAAGUAACAUCAUACCCUGUAGAAUUUCUUAAUUCUUUAGAGCUGUCGGGAGUACCUUCAAACAAACUAGGCGUUCCUGUCCUUUUAAGGCGGAAUUUAGAUGCACCAAGAAAUGGCACACGGUUGCAAGUAACAUACCUCGGUCGCAAUAUUGUAAAAGCAAUCAUUAUGACUGGAAUGGAAAAGGAGUGA